AUACAUGCCACAGGGUUUAACUAUCAGAAUGAAGAUGAAAAGGUCACCCUGUCUUUUCCUAGUACGCUCCAGACAGGCACAGGAACCUUAAAGAUAGAUUUUGUUGGAGAGCUGAAUGACAAAAUGAAAGGUUUCUAUAGAAGUAAAUACACCACCCCUUCUGGAGAGGUGCGCUACGCUGCCGUGACUCAGUUCGAGGCUACUGAUGCCCGGAGAGCUUUUCCUUGCUGGGAUGAGCCAGCCAUCAAAGCAACAUUUGAUAUCUCAUUGGUUGUUCCUAAAGACAGAGUAGCUUUAUCGAACAUGAAUGUAAUUGACCGGAAACCAUACCCAGAUGAUGAAAAUUUAGUGGAAGUGAAGUUUGCCCGCACACCUGUUAUGUCUACAUAUUUGGUGGCAUUUGUUGUGGGUGAAUAUGACUUUGUAGAAACAAGGUCAAAAGAUGGUGUGUGUGUCCGUGUUUACACUCCUGUUGGCAAAGCAGAGCAAGGAAAAUUUGCGUUAGAGGUUGCUGCUAAAACCUUGCCUUUCUAUAAGGACUACUUCAAUGUUCCUUAUCCUCUACCUAAAAUUGAUCUCAUUGCUAUUGCAGACUUUGCAGCUGGUGCCAUGGAGAACUGGGGCCUUGUGACAUACAGGGAGACCGCAUUGCUUAUUGAUCCAAAAAAUUCCUGUUCUUCAUCACGCCAGUGGGUUGCUCUGGUUGUAGGACAUGAACUCGCCCAUCAAUGGUUUGGAAAUCUUGUUACUAUGGAAUGGUGGACUCAUCUUUGGUUGAAUGAAGGCUUUGCUUCCUGGAUUGAGUAUCUGUGUGUAGACCACUGUUUUCCAGAGUACGAUAUCUGGACUCAGUUUGUUUCUGCAGAUUACACCCGGGCCCAGGAGCUAGACGCCCUGGAUAACAGCCAUCCUAUUGAAGUCAGUGUGGGCCAUCCAUCUGAGGUUGAUGAGAUAUUUGAUGCCAUAUCAUAUAGCAAAGGUGCCUCUGUCAUCCGAAUGCUGCAUGACUACAUCGGGGAUAAGGACUUUAAGAAAGGAAUGAAUAUGUACCUAACCAAGUUCCAGCAAAAGAACGCUGCCACAGAGGACCUUUGGGAGAGUUUAGAAGAAGCUAGCGGAAAGCCUAUAGCAGCUGUGAUGAGCACCUGGACAAAGCAGAUGGGGUUCCCCCUCAUUUAUGUGGAAGCAGAGCAGGUAGAAGAUGACAGAUUGCUGAGGUUGUCCCAAAGGAAGUUCUGUGCCAGUGGACCGUAUGCUGGAGAAGACUGUCCUCAGUGGAUGGUUCCUAUCACAGUCUCCACUAGCGAAGCUCCCGGCCAGGCCAAACUGAAACUCCUGAUGGAUAAGCCAGAGAUGAGCGUGGUUCUGAGCAACGUCACACCGGACCAGUGGGUGAAGUUAAACCUGGGAACAGUUGGGUUCUAUCGGACCCAAUACAGCUCUGCCAUGCUGGAAAGUUUGUUACCAGGCAUUCGAGACCUUUCUCUGCCCCCUGUGGACCGACUGGGAUUACAGAAUGACCUCUUCUCCUUGGCUCGAGCUGGAAUCAUUAGCACUGUAGAGGUUCUAAAAGUCAUGGAGGCUUUUGUGAAUGAGCCCAAUUAUACUGUAUGGAGCGACCUGAGCUGUAACCUGGGGAUUCUCUCAACUCUCUUGUCCCACACAGACUUCUAUGAGGAAAUCCAGGAGUUUGUGAAAGAUGUCUUUUCACCUAUAGGGGAGAGACUGGGCUGGGACCCCAAGCCUGGAGAAGGUCAUCUGGAUGCACUCCUAAGGGGCUUGGUUCUGGGGAAACUAGGAAAAGCAGGACAUAAAGCGACAUUAGAAGAAGCUCGUCGGCGGUUUAAGGACCAUGUGGAAGGAAAACAAGCCCUCUCUGCUGACCUGAGGAGCCCUGUUUAUCUGACUGUUCUGAAGCAUGGUGAUGGGACGACCUUAGACAUUAUGCUGAAGCUUCACAAGCAAGCAGAUAUGCAAGAAGAGAAAAACCGAAUUGAACGGGUCCUUGGGGCUACUCUUUUGCCUGAACUGAUCCAAAAAGUCCUCACAUUUGCACUUUCGGAAGAGGUACGUCCACAGGACACCGUGUCGGUAAUCGGCGGAGUCGCUGGAGGCAGCAAGCAUGGGAGGAAAGCUGCUUGGAAAUUCAUCAAGGACAAUUGGGAAGAACUUUACAAUCGCUACCAAGGAGGGUUCUUAAUAUCCAGACUAAUAAAGCUAUCAGUUGAAGGAUUUGCAGUGGAUAAAAUGGCUGGAGAGGUUAAGGCUUUCUUCGAGAGUCACCCAGCCCCUUCAGCCGAGCGCACCAUCCAGCAGUGUUGUGAAAAUAUCCUGCUUAAUGCCGCGUGGCUCAAGCGGGACGCUGAGAGCAUCCACCGGUACCUGCUGCAGCGGAGGGCCUCGCUCCCCGCGCCCGCGCCCGUGCCCACAGUGUGACCCUGCCCCAGCCGGCCACCGCCACCAGGUGCCGCUCCUUGCCGCCAUGGGGAUGGGCUGAGGGGAGCCGCCUGCGCACAGAGUCACAUGCCAAGAACUCAAGUCUUCUUUCAACCGGAAACAGUGGGGGUCGGACGAUGAAUGUAGUUAACUGGUUCCUGCUCACACUCCACAAUUCAAUUCUAUUGAAAAAGGCGAAUCAGCAGUUCAGCAAAAAAUAAAAUAAAAAUUAAAAUGUAAAUAUGAUAGUAAUAAAAUAGAGCAUAAUGAAACUGUGAAACUUCCUGAAGCCUUGUCAGUGGUAAAAGUAUUUAACACUCUCCUGUUCCUGACGGAUGUCCGUUCUCUGACCCGCGAGAGGACCGCAUGAGGAGGGCCUGCCGGGCUGGCAAGGCCGCGUCCUGGGCGGUGUGGUUUUCUCUUGGCAUGGAGACUGACUGGGAAGAUACCUUUCCUGCACAGCUCAGUCGGAACCAAGGAUUGUAGUUUUCCUCCUUGCCUCCCUUCUGUGUGACCCCCUUGGCCAAAAAAGAAAGAUGUUUUAAAAAAUAAUAGCCCUGCCCUGUUCCAGGUUUUUCCUCCCUUAGUUCUCCCCACCCCGGUGUCCUUCUUAGAGAUGAGAAAUGAUAAGGAAACACCUUUCAUAGCCGCAUUAAAUAAGAGACUGAGACACAUUAUUUUUCUUUUUAAAGACGACGUUAGCCCUGAAAUGCUGUAGGUGAGACAGUAGAAAUAAGAGGCACAGCCAGCCCUUGCUAAAGGAGCCGCUCCGCCCCGAGGGCCCAGCUGCGCGCCACCCCGGCCCCUGCCCUGGCAGCCUGGCCCCGGGCGCCGAGCUGGGCCCUGUGCUGGAGAGCCCACCAGCCGGCCGGCCCUCGGCCUGGCCCUGUCUCCUUCCCUCCUCGCCCUCCUUUCCUUUCGUUUUCCUUAUUUCUCUUUU